AUGGCUGAAAUCGUCAACAGGACAUUGAAAACACCGCUAUGGAAGCAUUUUGAGUACACAAACAGCUGGCGAUGGAUCGAACCCCUGUCGCAAAUUGUGUCCAACUACAACCACACUAUUCACGGUGCCACGGGCAUGGCACCCGCUGAUGUCUCAGAGAAGGAUGUCUUCAAAAUCUGGUCAACAAUCUACCUGCGACAUACAGCUCCACAACUGCUACGACGACGUCAACGGGCUGUUCACAAGACCAACGAGCGAGGCGACUCAAACCGACGGGUCAGCAACAGCGGCGGCAAAGCAACGACAACCGCUCCAGUUUUUAAACCAGGCCAAUUCGUCCGCAUUUCGCUAACUAAGGAAUUCACCGAGAAGGGCUACACGGCGAAGUUUUCGAGGCAGAUAUACAAAGUCGCUAAGGUCAUUCCAUUCUCGCCAGUUCACAUGUACACGCUGACGGAUCUAAACGGCGAGUCUAUCGUUGGUCGCUUCUACGGCCACGAGCUUCAGCGAAUCACACCCCCUACUUCAGACACGGUAUACAGAAUCGAGCGAAUUUUGGAUCGCCGAGGACGCAAAGGUCGCGAUCUGCAGUACCUGGUGCGUUGGGCCGGGUAUGAUAAAAACUUUGAUUCGUGGGUCCCCGAGAGGGACUUGCAAGACAUUGAAGAGUUGAAGAAGUAG